AUGAUAUCAAAAAAGGUUAAGAAGCUGAUUCUGCGUAGGAAUAACAUCGUUGGUUCCGCUAAAUUGCUGAAAGCGUUUGACGUGAAUUUUGUAUUUGAUCGCGAUUUCCCUCAACUGAAGUUCCGUCUUGAAAAACUAGAUGAGCUGUGGGAGAAAUUCAAUGAGGUUCAGGCGGAAAUUGAAUUAGACGAGGACUUAACCGACGAUUUAGCUGAAAUUCGAGCUUCGUUCGAGACUGAAUACUUCGAACUGAAAGGGUCUUUGGCGAGAAAACUCGAAAUUGUUACCGAGCGCACUGACCGACCUCCCACUUCGCCUGGUGUUCCACCUGCAUACGCUUCCUCUGUUCGUCUCCCUGAACUGAAAAUUCCUGAGUUCAGUGGAAACUUUGAUGAUUGGAUGAAUUUCCACGACCUUUUUACUACUCUCGUCCACACAAAUUCCCAUCUUUCAUCGGUACAGAAAUUUCAGUACCUGAAAGCUGUGCUGAAAGGAGAAGCUUUACGUCUCAUUCAAUCGCUUACUGUUUCAUCCACUAACUACACAAUCGCAUGGGAUCUGUUGAGAAAGAGAUUUGACAACAAGAAUCUGCUGAUCAAGCAACAUUUUUCGGCACUGUUAUCUACUUCCUCAGUACGUAAAGAAUCGUCAGUUGCUCUAUCCAACUUAGCUGACGAGUUCGAAAAGCACAUCAAUGUGCUCAACAAAUUGGAAGAUUCCAACAAUCAUUGGAAUUCGUUCCUUGUAGAGCUGCUAAGCAGUAAGCUCGACCCGACAACGCAGAAGGAAUGGGAACAACAGCUCGAUGAAACUGAACGACCAACGUACCAAACAUUAGUUGAGUUUGUUCAGAAACGCGCACGAAUUCUACAAUCACUAACGCUCUCCCAGAUUUCGAACCAAGUGAACAAAUCCGAAUCAAAGCACGAGUUAAAACCUGUCAGAAGUAAAACCUCCUCGUAUCACACUACAAAUAGUUUCCCGAAGUGUAUCAUGUGCAAGAAUUCACACAUAUUAUCCCAAUGUGACGAUUUUAAGAAACUUUCGCCACAACAACGUUUCGAUGUGGCCAAGCGCCACGGCCUCUGCUUAAAUUGUUUGAAGGCGUCACAUUUGAUGAAAAAUUGUUCAGCUGGUUCGUGUCGAACAUGCAGCAGACGACAUCACACACUGUUGCAUCUGAAUUCACAGUCUUCGGAUGCUGUCGCUCAAUCUGAAUCUGUGGCAGCACAGGUCGGCCAAUAUUCACAACUCUCACAAUCGGCCACGGUUGUCGAAGCGCCACCGUCGGUUACGUGCAUUGCCGAUCAAUGUCACGUGGUCCCUCGGGUUACGGGACUAGCCCCGUCGCCGUCGGAUGGGCUUGUUAAUCGCUCUUUUUCGUACGUACCUUCGUCGGGUACGCAGUCUACACCGUCAUGCUCAGCCCGCUCUUCCUCGCAAGUGACUAAUUGCCAAUCCGUCACUCCAAACCAAUCGUUCGUUUCGAAAGGCAGCACAUCUGCUGUCUUUAUGCUCACAGCGUAUAUCAAAGUUAGACACGCUGAUGGCACUUAUCUCUUCGCCAGAGCACUGUUGGACUGCGCAUCCGAAGCCAAUUUCGUUACCGAAGAACUAGCCCAAAAGCUUUGCUCAAAGCGCAAGCUCGCAGACAUAGAUGUUUACGGCAUCAGUCAAUCGGUCAAGAAAGUGAAACACCAAACAACUAUUACAGUUGCCUCUCGCUUUGGAUCAUACAGUACUAGUAUAGACUGUCUGAUACUACCUACGUUAACUCGAGUUUUACCUACUGCCAAUGUAGAUAUAUCGAAAUGGGUUAUUCCUCGCCACCUCCCUCUCGCAGACCCUAAAUUUAAUAUCGCUCACGAUGUAGACAUAAUCAUCGGUAUAAGGAAUUUCUUCACGAUCUUAGAAAAUGAGCAGAUCACACUGGGCGAUAGCAUGCCGGUGUUGCGCAAAACGGUGUUCGGAUAUGUUGUCGCAGGAGAAGCAUCGGUUCACCAUAGUCCUGUGGUAGUUUGCAACGCAUCAACUGUUGAAAACUUGACGUCAGCAGUUCAUAAAUUCUGGCAGGUGGAGAGUUUUGAGAAGGGAAAGGCAUUCUCCCUCGAGGAACAGCAUUGCGAGGAAGCAUUUUUGAAUACGCAUUAUAGAGCCGCUGACGGUCGGUACGUGGUACGUCUGCCGAUUCGUGAGGAGUUGUUGUGUUCUCUGGGAGCGUCAUAUUCGGUUGCGAAACGCAGAUUCCUGACCAUCGAGAGGAAACUAAUAAAAGAUCCUACGCUCCAGGUAGAAUACUCACAAUUCAUGACCGAGUACAUUUCGUUGGGACACAUGGAACAAAUUGAACCAGAUAUGUCGAAACCACACUUUUAUCUUCCUCAUCAUGCUAUACAACGUCCCGAGAGCACUACUACAAAGACGAGAGUAGUGUUCGACGCCUCGUGUCGAAGCUCCAACAAUCUAUCGUUAAACGACCUCUGCUAUAUUGGACCCACAGUUCAACCACCGCUACUGUCUACACUUCUCAACUUUCGGUUGCCGAAGCACGCAAUAACUGCCGACGUGGAGAAGAUGUAUCGGCAAGUUCUCAUCCACGAAGAAGACCGUGCGCUGCAGCUGAUCUUGUGGAGAGAGAACCCGAAGGAUCAACUGAAAACGUAUCGUUUGAAAACAGUGACUUAUGGCACUGCUCCUGCUCCGUACCUCGCCACCCGCGUGUUAAACAAAUUGGCCGAGGAUGAAGCCGAAAAUUACCCGUUGGCUGCUGCGAAAGUGCUGAGUUCUUUCUAUGUAGACGAUUAUCUUUCGGGAGAUGACGAUGAGCAACGCCUGAUAGAAACAAAUAAUCAGCUGAUAAAUCUGCUUCGUUGUGGAGGAUUCAAUUUGCGAAAGUGGUGUAGUAAUAACCCCAACAUUCUCUCACACAUCCCCGAAUCACUUCGAGAUACUCGAACAGAGUUGGAAAUCAACAAGUCAGGAUCGGUGAAGGCACUCGGCCUCCUCUGGCACCCCCUUCCCGAUCACUUUAGUUUCAACGUUCCAAAAUUUUCAUCGUCGGAAACGAUCACAAAACGUUUAAUACUCUCAGAGAUGUCGCGCCUUUUCGAUCCGAUGGGGUUAGUCGGAGCAGCUAUCGUCAGCGCGAAGAUCCUUCUGCAAUUAAUGUGGUCGAAAAACUUUGACUGGAACCAAGAAGUUCCAAAAGAAUUUCAAGAUUGGUGGAUCCAAUAUCGGUCCGAGAUUCAGACACUCGCUGUUUUAAAAAUUCCUCGCCGUGUUAUGGUGGAUAAUCCUCGGGUACUUGAAUUUCACGUCUUUUCAGACGCAUCCGACAAGGCCUAUGGAUGUUGCGUCUAUCUCAAAUCUAUCAAUUCAAUGGGAGAACGCAAAUGCAAUUUACUCAUUUCAAAGUCUCGCGUCAGCCCACUCAGCAAACUAUCAACUCCUCGGCUCGAGCUUUGUGCCGCUGUGCUCGCUGCGCAACUGGCCGAGUUUGUACUGGACGCCACAAAGAUUAAUUGCCCAGUAACGUACUGGACGGAUUCGACAAUAGUACUUCACUGGCUAGCAUCGUCAUCAUCUUCGUGGAAAGUGUUUGUGUCGAAUAGAAUCGCCGAAAUACAUCGGCUCACCCGAGGUAGUAUUUGGCGCCACGUUCCAACCACCGAUAACCCUGCUGAUCGAGUCUCACGAGGCAUUCUCCCAUCUCGCUUAAUUGAUGACGAUUUGUGGUGGCAUGGACCUCCGUUCCUACUCGAGGAUGAGUCAAGCUGGCCGCCGAACAAUAUAGCGCUCUCGCCGUUACACUUACAGGCUCGAGAGACAGAAGCCAGACAAAUAGUGUCCAUGAUAACCACCAUUACAACUUCAUUGCUUUCGGAAUUGAUCGAACGACACUCUCUUCUUUCUCCUCUGCUACGCAAGCACAAAACACAAUACUAUGUCCACCAUGAUAAUUCUCUGUGUGUCCAAUUGGCAUUGAAAACUUUGAUUAAAGUCGCUCAAAAGGAAUACUUUUCGCUAGAAAUCGAUUUUCUAAGGAAACAUCAAGGUCCUGCACGAAAGGAAAUGACAUUUAAAUCGCCGUUGAAAAAGCUUAAUCCUUUCCUCGAUUCAGAAGGUUUGCUGAGGAUAUUUGGACGUCUACAAAAUCUGGAUGCUCCUUUCGAUACAAAAUAUCCCAUAAUUCUUCCAUCGAAAGCGCAUCUAACGUUCCUGAUUGCGAAGGCGACCCACUUUAGAAUGCUGCAUAGCGGACCUCAACUACUACUAGCCACCUUGAGACAGCGUUUUUGGCCAAUCAGGGGACGAGACCUAGCUACGAAGAUCGUCAGAGAGUGCAUGGUUUGUUUUCGAUGUAAACCCAAAAGCAUCUGCCAGAUCAUGGGACCACUACCAGCUGUUCGUCUUACGCCUUCGCGUCCGUUCGUUAGUAGUGGCGUCGACUAUUGCGGACCGUUUUCUGUUCGUCCACCGAACCGUCGAGGUUCGUCAAUGAAAAUAUUCGUCGCAAUUUUCAUUUGUAUGUGGUCGAAAGCAGUGUAUAUUGACAUGGUCUACAGUCUCACGACUACCGCCUUCGUGAACGUUCUUAUUCGUUUCUUGUCGCGGCACGGUAGUGUAGCUCAUAUUUAUUGCGAUAACGCGCGGACGUUCGUCGGAGCAAACCGCGUGCUCCAGGAAUAUCGUCGCGAGUUCAACGCGAUGCAUUGCUCCGAGAAACUCGCUUCGCAUUGUGCUGACAAUGGAAUAACCUUUCAUUUCAACCCUGCACGAUCACCCCACUUUGGAGGCCUAUGGGAGGCCUCCGUCAAGACCUUCAAAUAUCACCUCUACCGUAUAAUGAAGGAUUCGCUGCUGAUCAUCGAUGACUUCCACACGCUCAUCACCCAGAUACAAGGAGUGAUGAACUCUCGUCCGUUGAUGCCCUUGUCCUCCGAUCCGGCAGACGUGAUUGCCCUAACACCUGCGCACUUUCUUGUGGGAGAGCCAAUCAAUUCGCUCCCGCAACCAGAUUUGUGUGACUUUCCUGACAACCGUCUUAACUCAUUCCAGACAAUGCAGAAACGUUUCCAGCACUUCUGGAAGGCUUGGUCGCGCGACUACAUCGGCCAACUGCAGAACCGCCAGAAAUGGCCAGUGGUCCAUCCUGAUGUCGACGUAGGCACACUCGUUCUGCUGAAGAAGAAGUCAACACCACCCAUGAAAUGGAACCUUGGACGGGUGGAACAAAUUUUCCCAGGAAAAGACGGACACGUGCGUGUGGUCCAGGUCCGGACCGCACAAGGUACUUACCGACGAGCCAUUACAGAGGUGUGCCCACUCCCUAUCGAGCAGCCUCGCACCCAAGACAUCAGCGCUACAGUUCCUGCAGAUGCACCACCGACCACCCACUAA